AUGGAGCUCAAGGGCGUAAAGCUGUCCCAUAUUGAAGCGGGACGCAGCAUCGUGAGGUGGGGGAGGAGACCACACGGGCAAGCCUUCGCCGAGAAUAAGUGCAGAGGGGAGCACAUGAAGAGAGACCAGCUCGGCACGCCGCACCUGGGAAGUUAUACCCACGAACAAGGUUCCGUUAGGGCUGAGCUGUCCGAGCUGCGCCUGUUUGGCGGGGAUAAGGGUAGACGUGACUCGGGCAACAUACGGAUAAUGGGUGGUCCGCUUUCCCCGUCUACGCGUGCUGUUCGGGGCUGGGUGUCAGCCGCAGGGCCGCAGUCUUGUUGCGUGGUCGGUGAUUUUGACAACGGGGAUGCAGGCCAAGGGCCGGCUAGUCUGGGCUGGGUUUGGCCUGCUUCGUGCAGGGUGGCAGCAGCUCUCCCGCACUACCGAGUGGCCAAGAAGGUGACUGAAGACUAG